CUGUGUGGCAGUGGGAACUACACAGCAGAGAUGAGUCUGAACAUGGGGAGCGAUUUGGAGCCUGGUGAUCCUGUGCCUGCCCUGGGGAACCUCAGAGUGGUUAUCAACUUGAAGACAAACAACAGUCAGAUAAACCUUAAGGUCACCUCCUGUUGUCUGUCCCCAACUAUUCAGCCAGACACCAACUCCACCUGCUGCCUUUUCUCCAGGUUAGCAGCAGAGCCAGCAUUGAUCACACUGCUGCCCAGUGGCCUGUCAACCAGUGCCAGCUUCACCAUUAGUCUCUUCCAAAUGAUUAAUUACUCAGUGGUGUACCUACACUGUGAUCUCAGUGUCUGCCUGAGGAACCGCUCUCACUGUGAAAGGCAGUGCCUUCAGCAGAAGAGCACAUUUUCCAUAGAGGGUUCAAAGGCUGCUGAUACCAAUCUCAGGAAUCGCAUAUCCUUUGGUCCUAUGUUGAGAGAACUGAACAAUUCUACCUUCCCGGGGGAGAUAGACCCGUCAGAGCUCGACCUGGUUCUGGUCAUCGUCAGCCUGUUGGUCGGCUUCACUAUCGUCACGGUGACGCUGCUGCUGGUGUGGCUGGCCUACCAUCGCCCGGCAAUCUCGCUGCUCCACUCAGUAUCUCCACGACGAGCAUGCUGUGGGUGUCUGCACCCAGGAGGUGACUUGAUCCUACCGUGA